AUGCAGUUGGAAUAUAGCAACAUCCACACUUGGGAUGAGUUGGCUAAAGCAUUCACAAAGCAAUACAAAUAUAAUACUGACAUGGCACCAAACCGUACUCAACUUCAGAGUAUGGCCCAGAAAGACAAUGAAGCUUUUAAAGAAUACGCACAAUGCUGGAGAGAAUUGGCUGCAAGGGUGCACCCGCCGCUGGUUGAUCGUGAAUUGAUUGACAUUUUCAUGGGAACCUUGCAGGGCCAAUAUUAUGAAAGAUUGAUUAGUAGUGUGUCUACAGGAUUUUAUGACAUGGUGAUCGUGGGAGAAAGAGUAGAAGAAGGACUGAAGAGUGGUAAAAUCCAGGGAGGUUCCAGCAGUCAACCAAUCUUGAAGAAGCCUUUCAACGGAUUCAAGAGGAAGGAGGGUGAGACUAGUGCCAUUUCUUCUCAGAGGGGGAGACCACCAUACAAAGCUCCUGCUUCUGUGCCUUAUUAUCAGUACCCUUACGUAGCGGCUGCUCAAUAUCCAACCAUGCCUUACCGUCCAAUUGCUCCUAUUCCUAUUCCAGCUCCGGUACCUCACUAUCAAGUUCCAGUUCCUCAAUAUCAAGCUCCACAACCUCAAUUCCAGGCUCCUCCACCUCAACAUCAACAGAGAAAUCAACAGAAUAAUCAACCACGUCCAGUUCAGCAGCAACGACCAAAUCAACAGUAUAAUAAUGUGAAUACCACUCAUAUCCCAAUGAGUUACACUCAAUUGCUACCGUAUCUGAUUCAGAAUGGGACUGUCAUGCCAAGGGCAUUACCUCCAAUGCCGAAGCCGCAUAAGCCUUGGUAUGAUGAGAAUGCUAGAUGUUCCUUUCAUGCUAAUUCAGAGGAAAGUUCAACUGAUGAUGGAUUGAUAAAGGAUGUGUUCAAGUUGAAGACUCUUUUAACAGUGGUCCAUGCUAGAUUGAUGGAAGCAGAAUUGAUGAAUGAACGGGUUAUUCAGUUCACUAGAGGAAAGAUUGAUGAGGAUGUUGCUAUGAUUGUGCCUGUGUUUGAUCAAGAGAGGCUUCCCAAGCCUUUUGUGGUCCCUUAUCAGAGAAAUGUUGACCUAGAGCCAGUGAAGAAGAUUAAGCCCAUGGUUAUCCAUGUUCCCGCUCCAUUCUCAUUUGACAGUACCAAAGUCGUGCCUUGGAACUAUGAGCCUGUAGUUUAUGUGGGUAACAAACUAGUAAUCUUGAAAGAGCCAGAUAUGACUAACAUCGCUGGAGCUAGUGGUGUGACUCGAAGUGGAAGGGUUUUCUCUCCUGAAGUGAUCCCAAACAAAGAAAGUGCACUAACAGUUGAACCAACAAAUGGGAAAGAGGUGAAUCCUCCAGAAGCAGGAGAAGGCUCAUCUAAGAAAGCAGUGAUUGUUGAAGAGGAUAGAGAAUUCUUGAAGAUCAUCAAGAAGACUUAUGUGGCAAAAGAUAUCAGUGUUAUUCAGUUUGAUAAUGUGGUUGCUAAUCUCAAUGCUAGUAGUUGUUUGAUGUUCAUUGAUAAUGAUUUACCCCCUAAUGGGCGAGAACAUAAUAUGGCGCUUAAUAUCUCCAUUUAG